AUGCCCCUCCACCUCCUCCACCAUAAGUCCUAUCAUGUGUACUCCGCCGAGAACAUUGCUCGUGUGCGCCGCGACGAGGUGGAUGCCGCGGCUCGCGAGGCAGCGGAGGAUGCGCGAAUGCAAGCUGCCGACGCGGAAGCUCGGAUGAAGCUAUUACGAGAGCGAGCCAGGGAGGGGGGUUCCGCGGUGGCAGCGGAGAGGGGGCCGGAACGCGGGGCCCUGGAGCAGACCGCCCGUCAUAUUGAAACUCAGGAUCACCGGCCUCGCCAACCCUUAGAGGGUGGAAUCUUGGGCGCGGACGGACACAUCAACCUCUUCCCGGCCCCUACGGCCCCACAAGGCGGGAACCCGGAAAGGGAGAGGGAGAAGAGGGAAGAGAAGGAGCGGGCGGAGGGGGCAAUGGGAAAGGCUGUUGGUGAGAGACGACCUUGGUAUUCUACUGUUGACCUUGUGUCUGGACGGCAGAGGGAGAAGGAGAAGGAUGGGAGGAAGUCAGAGUGGGAAGGGAAGAGGGAUGAUAGGAGGAAGGAGGCGGGGGAUCCGCUGGGGGUCAUAAGGAGGGGGGUUAGGGAGGUGAAGGAGGCGCGCCGGGAUAGGGAGGAGUGGAAGAGAAGGAGGGAGAGAGAGGUAGGUGGGGCCGAAGCUAGGGGCUGGCAAGAUGGGCGGGAUGAAAAGGCCGAGAGGAUUGAGCGAGCUGAUAGGGGUGGGAGAGAUAGCGGUAGAAAGAGAAGGAGAAGGAGCUUUAGUCGAAGCGGAGGUGGCAGUCCAAAUCGACAUGACAGAAGCCACAAGCGACACUCCCACUCCCACUCUCGCUCAGUUUCCCACUCCCAGAGCCGCAGACACAGACACCAUCGAGAUGACCCAGGUCGUCACAGCCAUCACCACCAUUCUCGCUCCCACCAUCGCGGGUCAGGAUCAGACUCAGGAUCAAGAUCCAUAUCCCCAAACCCAACUCUAGAAUCCCUCCGCAAAGAAAAAUUGCAGCGCGAAUCCGCCGAACGCCAAAAAGCUUCCUUGUUACUGGCAAAAGCCCAAGCGGACUCCGAGCCGGGCUGGAAACCAGUCCCUGGCGGUCGGUAUUCUAGUCAAUUCGGGAACCGGCCGGGAUAAUACAAGUAGCUUGAGCUAGUCGUACGGUAGAUAAAGGCUAGUAAAUAAUUAAACAAGAAAACUAGUUUUUAGGGAAUA